AUGCAUGCUAUCAACACGCUCUAUACUCACUCUCUUGCUAUUUUACUCGUAAUGGCGAAGCAGUUCUCGAAAGAAUUUAAACAAUUUGCAUACCGGGUGAUUGAUUUCGUAGAAAAAGAGAAAGCUGGCGUAAUUAUUCCGUUGAACAACGUUAAUCAUCGACUUCAAGCGAUUCUUGGCAUAUCCGACAGAUCGAUUUAUUACUUGAAAGCAGAAAUGAAACAAUCUGUGGCUAUGCAAGAGGAUGAAUCGGGUACUCGUCGUUCGUUACGUCGUACUGUAUCUGCUUCGUCGUCGUCCUCCGCUAUUCCUCGGGCAUUAUCAACUCUCAGUGGUGCAGGUGGUGGUGGUCGUCGUCGUAUUACUCUCACCGAAACGCAAAGUGACACCAUUCGACUUACGUUCCAUAUGUUACUGAAAGACAGGGUGUAUCCCACGUUGGAAAAUAUUUUAUCGGCAUUAUUGGCUCAGGAUGAACACUUUCCCAUUAAAUCGAAAAUGUCGCUACAGAGGGAGAUGAAACGUUUGGGCUUCCGACACCAGCAAACGAAGAAGGCUCCGGUGUUAAUGAACGCUACUCCAUUUCAGGCACAAAGCGCGAUAUAUUUUCGAAAGCUCGAGGAACUUCGUUCGUUUGGCUAUUAG